AUGCCCCCCAAACGUGCCGCCGCGGGCUCCACGGCCGCUUCUAAACGCCAGAAAACCACCCCCACCACCAGCGUGGUUGCCACGAACCAUCGCUGGGCUGCCGUCUCCGGCACGGGAAACAUCUACGCUGGCUACAUCGAGCAGAUGGCCAAGGACCCCGAGGGCAGGUAUGCAUACAAGUGCCUCUGUCGACCUCCGUUCCCGGACGGCGACUACGAGUCCGACGAGGAAGGUUCCUUAAACGAGGGUUGCUCAGACAGCGAGCACGACAACAAGACCAAUGCCAACGACAAAGAAACUGCGACCGGGGAAAACCCACCGGCCAAACCCCGCUGCGACGGCGGCAAGACCUGCCUGUGCAAGAAGCCCGUGGCAGAGCAUCCCGACCAUCCGUGGGCUUUCACUCACGCGGGCCUGAGCAAGUUCAUUGACUUGCGUCUGUGUGGGGAUCUGCGCUGCCCGGACUUUUACGAUAUGUACACGUUCAACGACCACCAUAGCUACGGCAUCAUGGAGGUCGUCGAGAACCUGAUCCUGGACUUCGACGAGGCCAAGGAGGACUGGAAGGAGCAGUGGGCGAUGUGCGAGGCUGCGGUGCUCUUUCUGUUGUGUGGUGAGGCGGAUCCUAUGAAAAUGGCGGACGACGGCGAAAGAGUGUCUCAUGUGCAUACGCUCAUCGCGCGCAUGUUCCUCACCAUUUUGGCCAAACUAGAAGCGCAAGAUGCUCUGAAACCCGAGUCGGAGGUCAAGAACCUCGGCGUCAUCAUGGCCGUCUACAUGAAGUACAUCCACAGCGAGGCGAACGAGCUCAGUGAUGUCACUGCGGCCAAGAAGUUCCAGUUCGACCAGGCCCCCCUGCAUAUCCUUGCGUAUGCGAAGAAGCAUGGAAUUAAGCUACGAGGCCCGGCCGACAUCGACGAGCUCGUGGAGGAGGUUGAGGCCGAGCAGGAGGAGAAGAUCCGCUUGCCGGCUGCUUCCGCGAAGGAUCCCUGGAACUGGGCCGACGGACUGAAGAAGUACGCGAAAGACCAUGUCGGCAAAUUGGCAGACAUGGGCGGCGACAAUCUGGAUUUGACUACAUGGAGCAGUGCCGAACGUAAGAAGAAAAGCUUCAAUAACAAGGACUGUUUCAGUAAGAAGGCGAUCGAUGGGCUCAAGGACGGAAUGAUUUUGCAGGCUUGGUCUGUGUUUCAAGUUGGUGCGAAGAAGGUGUUUAGUGUUUUGGCUGGGCCCGGUGAUCCGCUCGCUUGUGCAGUGUUCGUAUAUAAAAGGGUUGAUGUCGGACAAACCCGUAAACACUCCAUCACCACCAGCCUCUCAAACCCUUACCCCUCCAGCCCAAAUACCAUCCAGAGAGUACCACAUCCCAAGUCCAGUAUGCAUCUCCCCAACCUCCUCUCCCUAGGCCUUCUCGGCCUAGGCCUCGCCUCCACCGCAACAGCCGCACCCAAAGACAGCAGCACCAGCAACUCCAACACGCCUAGCAAAACCACCGAAUUCACACACCCCGGCGUCUUCCUCGACUCCGCACAACUCAAGCUCAUCGCUUCCCGCGUCUCAGCCAAGAAGGAUCCCCAGGCAGCCGCCUACGACGCAAUGAUGGACCACGAGUUCGCUUCCCGCACGGAGCCCUCGCCAUUCGCGACGGUCGAAUGCGGUCCGACCUCCACGCCGGACGUGGGCUGUCACGAGGAGCGCGAGGACGCGCUGACGGCGUACCUGAACGCCCUGGCGUGGGUGAUCACAGGGACGAAGAAGUACGCGGACCGCGCGAUCGAGUUCAUGAAUGCCUGGUCUGGGACUAUCGAGGGACAUAGUAAUUCGAAUGCGCCGUUGCAGGCGGCCUGGUCUGCUGCGUCGUGGGCCAGGGCUGGCGAGAUCAUCAGGUAUAGUAAGGCUGGAUGGAAGGACAGCGACGUUAAGCAGUUUGAGGGCAUGUUGAGGGAUGUGUAUUUGCCGGAGAUUAUUGAUGGGGCGCCGGGAAAGAAUGGAAAUUGGGAACUUGUCAUGAUGGAAGCGGCACUCGGUAUCUCCGUCUUCAUCAACGACCGCGAAAGCUACGACAAAGCCAUGAAGACAUUCCUGGCUCGAGUCCCAGCAUACAUCUAUCUCACCAAAGACGGCAAACUCCCGAAAACCAGUCCCGAAGACAACAAAUCCUCCUCAUCCUCGAUCAUCGACUUCUGGCAAGGCCAAUCGACCUUUCCCGAGAACGGCAUUUCCCAGGAAACAUGCCGCGACUUCGCGCACACAGGGUACGGCAUCGCGUCGAUCGCACACGUCGCCGAGACAUCCCGUAUCCAGGGCCGCGACCUCUACGAGGAAGACACGGGCGAGAGAUUGCGGUAUGCGCUGGGCUUUCACACGAAGUAUCAGCUGCAGGGAUCCUUGCCUGGGAAUAUCUGUGGAGGAGAUUUGAAGAGGGAGUUGGGUGAUGUGACUGAGGUGGCGUUCAAUGGGCUCUCGUUCCGAGGAAACCAUACCAUGACCAACACGGAUAAGUAUACUCUUGAGCGACGUCCUGCAGGGACUGAUAAGUUGUUCAUCGGAUGGGAGACUCUGACUCAUGCUGAGAAUGAUGCGUAA